ACGUUGUCAAAUGCACACGCCGCAUCGCGUUGGCCGACACUGGCUGCGAACGGGAGUCUAUACUCCGUCGUCAUGCGCAAGGCGACGUGGCGAAGGCGCAGCAUAGCCCAGCGCGCGUCGGCGUAGCUCAGGGCGGAGUAGAGUCCGCUCGUUCGCAACGUCGACGAUCGCGCCUCGGCGACGGUUGCUAUCCCAGUAGCCCUCGCGCGCGCACCCGCCAAGCGCGACAAUGUGCCGGAGCGAGCAGGAAAGCAAGAUGGCGCAAGGGCGGGAUGCAGACAGUGACCUCUCCACCAAGGAGGCCGAACGCCUCAUCGAGGAAGUUAGAGAUCAUCCCUGUCUAUACGACUCGAGUUGCCUAGAAUAUAGAUACUCGAACCGGAAAGAAAGUGCAUGGGAGGCCGUUCGGGUGACCUGCCGUAUGAAGACCGUUGACGAAGCCAAGAGGGCUUGGAAGCGGCUCAGGGACCGGUACGUCAGGGAACUCCGCGUCUUGGAAGAAGCCACGAAAAAUGGAACUGACUGCAUACGCAAGAAGCACUUGGGCUUUCUUGAAGUCAUGAGUUUCUACAAGUGCCAUGCUCGACCAAGAAACAAAACAGCGAGCCACGUGAGAGCGCCGUCGGAAUGCGGCACACCGGAGGCAUUCAACAUGGACAUGAUCGAGUGGUCGCCGGAGGACUCGACCAUUCUCACGGGCACUCAGCCCGGUGAGCUGGACGACCCGGAGAGCCUCGACGCUACUGACGCCCCUAUGCCGGCCAGCUCCAGCUCGAGACCACCGAUGCCCGGACCAGGACCGGCGACGACCAGGCAGGCAAAGAGGGUCAGGCCCGCCGACCCCGUGGAGCAAGAGCUCCUCGGCCACCUCAGUAGGCGAAUGUCAGAGAACGAAGCAUUUGGAUACUCUAUAGCCCAGUCUUUAGAUCGCUGGGACACUAUAACCAGUGCACGCUUUAAAUCGGCAGUAAUGCAGUUGGCUCUCGAAUCUGAAAUUGAGUUUCAGAAGAAAAAUAAGUAAAAACUGUAAAGUAUGACAUCUCGAAUUAACCCGAGGCUAGGCCGAAUGUUGGAAAUGGAAAACCACGAACAAUGUCUCGAGUACGGCUGCUACUUUGUUUCAAAAGGGUAUAUCUUGCAUAAAACGUUGUAGUAGCUGUGCUUAAGGAAUUAUUUGAGGUUGUCGGUUUCUUUAUUUGUAUAGGUCUCGGGUUAAUUAAUGAUAUCAAACAGUGACUUGCCUGUAUUUUUGUCAUCUGGUGGGAUUUUGUGUUGUGAGCCACUGAUGCUUUGUACAAUAUCUGCAAGGCGUUCUUUUCUUUCUUAAUUGAUGUGUCAUUUUAUUAUUCUAUGGGCCUUUAACCUGGACACUUGUCAGAAAAGUCAGCAAGGUAUUCGACAACCGUGAUUGGCCAGCACCAUGGUCGAGCGUGGCGCCGGAUUCCUCGACGAUUUUUUGUCAAGUGACGAGGAUAGUGCCCAAGGGAUGACUGUUUAGUUUUCAUUAGUCUGAUGUUCUUAUUUAUGCAGUCCUUCCAUUCUCUCUGCUCAAGUGUUGAUGUGUUUUUCUUUUUUUGUAAUUCUUUCAUUUUUAGUGCUCUGGUAUAGCUUUUUUGGGGGGACGUGUUUUAAUUAUCAGUGCGCUAGUGCUCGUUUUAUGCAGUACUAUGUUUGUUCCUUUAUAAAGCAUCAAAUGCUUUUCAAUGCAACCCUCCCUCAAUCUCAAAAUGUUGUCCGUCUAUUCGUCCGUGCAUUCUACUCUAAAUUUAGCGGGUAAAGUGGCACCACGUGAUGUCACGUGACCUACGACCUUGACGAAGUUGACGGCACGUGACCUAUACCUCAACUCAGUUUCCCCGCUAAAUGUAGCGGGAAAAUUCACGUCUUGUGGCCAAGGCAUCAAUUCGGUUUCCCCGCUAAACUUGGCGGAAAAUUGACGUCACGUGACCUCUACAACAAUUCAGUUACGCCCUAAAUAUAGCGGGAAAAUUCACGUCUCGUGACCUAGACAUCCAUCUAUAGUCGUAGACAGGUCAAGAACGAAGGGAAAGCUCCUACCAACUCUUUCCACUUUAGCAGAGCGAACGCUGGAGCCUCCACUCCAGCGCUCGCUCUGCUAAAGUGGAAAGAGGUGGGAGGAGCUUCCACUUCGUUGUUGACCUGUCACCGACUAUAGUUUUCGUGCUAAAUUUAGCGGGGCGAAAUCGGCGUCACGUGACCUACACGACCAUUCAGAGUCUCCGCUAAAUUUAGCGGGAAAAUAUUUGUCACCUGACACACCAAAGUGCCUCACCCCACCUCUCUCCUCCCUUCCCUCUCCUUCCCCCUCCCUUAAACACCUCCUAGAUAAGUGAUGCUGCUCCCAGGGAGUUUCACAGCGUUUCGUGCAUUAUAUUACUUUCCUUUACCUGCACUUUUGAUGCCGUCCAACUGGCGUUCUUCUUUAAGCCACCGAGUGCCCAAACGGUUCGUCCUGACUGCACUGGUUCGUGUGAUGUACGGGGAGGUGCCCCCUCUGCAGGCCGUGUUAUGCAGAAAGAAACUGGGGGAGGGAAUGAUACUAAAGCGCACGGGGAGGUUAGAAUACCGAGCUGUGAUUGGAACGAUUAGGGGGUACAAGCGUAGCAAGCUCCCUCUGUUUUUUUGUCUCUUCAAAUCCCAAAAGCCAGCUUUCAGAAUUCAUGUUCGAACAGUGAGUAGAGACAGAGACAGCUACAGCUUUGCGUCUAUACCCACUAAUCAUUCAUAUCAGGGUUCGAUGCGUUGGCAUCCUCGCACUCUACCAUCUCUCUCUGUUUCUACACAUGUUGCCUUUUUAAUGGUCAGAAUAAAAAGUGUCAUCUA